CAAGAGGGGAUGAUCCACACAGCAAAAUAAGCCAAAACAUAAGUGAGUUUCAUCGAGAAGAGAAGAGGAGAAGAGAAGAGGAGAGGAGAAAAUGGAGCGAAGCAUGAAGAUGGCGAUUAUUGUGGGUGUUGUUUUGAUGUGCAUGGUAGUGGGUGAAGCGGCUAUUUCAUGCGGGACAGUGGCUCGCUCAGUGUCUCCGUGCAUCUCAUAUUUGAAAAAUCCAUCCUCUGGUGUUCCAGCAGCAUGUUGCAAUGGCAUACGGUCCUUGAACAGCCAAGCCUCCACCUCUGUCGAUCGACGCACCGCUUGCACGUGCUUGAAGUCUGCUGCGAAUAGCAUCUCUGGGAUCAACUUUAACGCCGCGUCUAGCCUUCCAAGCAAGUGUGGCGUCAGCAUUCCUUAUAAGAUCAGCCCCAGCACCGACUGCAGCAAGGUGAACUGAGGGCGAUGGUGAUGUUAGCGUAGCCGAAGUUUAAUUCCCAUAGCAGUACCAGAAUGAAUAAGAGCAUGGGUGGUUUCCUGCUUUUACUAUCUCUUUUUCUUGUUUCCAUUAGUGAGCGUGUUGUAUGGGAUUCCAAUGGCACACGUGUCAUUGCGAGUUCAAUAUAUUAUAAGAAUAUUAAUCUAUUUCCUCUUUUUCUA